GACUCGUCCUGCACCUCUUCCGAACUUUAUAUACUCGACUUGAUGCCUGUGACGGUCAAGACCCGAUUCAUCCUUGCACUGCCCAUCACCUGAAGAUCCUGAAGGUCCCUUUCUGGGAACUCCAAUUUUGGCCUUCUCCCCGAACUUCGAACUCACUUUGGCGCUGCAGUCGUCAACACAGAAUGGCAUACGUUCCCCCGCACAAAAGAGCAGCGGCGGCGCAGAGGGAGUCCAAGAAGGACGGCCCUCUUUCCAAGGAAGAAACAGUAUCCGGCGAAGAAGGUUCAGCUAGCGAGUAUCGUAAGCGUCAGCCGUCGCUGGAGGACAUGGACUUUUUCUACCGACACCUGUAUACGCACUGCGAGACGCUGCGUCGUCUGCAAACCCUGAAAGAAGAAUUUGAGAACGAGCCUACCGUGGAACGCAUGUUUCGCAAGAACCGAGCGCAUUCCGCUGCUCUCACCGCCGUGCAAAAGGACUCUGAUACCGUCGGGCAAGACGGCAGCGAACAGGAGGUCACCUCAAGCCGACCCUCCUCCGCUCCAGACACACGAUUCGCCAACCAGUUCAAAGGAGCUAUGGAGGAAGUAGCGAAGGGAUCGGGUGUGAAGUUGCAGAACGGGGGCGUGAAGCACUUUCUUGACCUUGGAUGUGCGCCUGGUGGGUUCAGCAGGUGGGUAUUGGAGCAGAACGCGGAUGCGCAUGGAUUGGGCGUCACGCUGCCUCCUGAUGUGGGUGGGCUGCCGAUGAUCCUUGACGGCGUAUUGGAGGAGAAGGAGCGGUACCGAUGCUUGUAUAGGGAUGUGACGGACCGGCCGGAGGAGAUCUGGUACGAGGACCUGAAGAAGGGCGAUGGUGGCGAGGAGGGAUCGCCAGAGGCAGCGUGCGACCUUGUGAUAGCCGGCUCCAUAUACAGGGAUCAGCACACGGCGGAUCCAUCACGGACAGGACCGCCGCCAAUGCGGGUCCGUGCACGGCAGUUGUUGUCUUUCUCGCAACUACUAGCCGCUAUGCAGAAUCUAGCGCACGGCGGGACCAUGGUCAUCGUCUCCAACAUCAAGCCGCAGCUGCACAACCUCGAACAGCUCUGCUUCCUCCGCAAACACUUCGACCGGCUCACCCCAGUAAAGCCCACGCAGCUCCACACCAUCCGCAGCUCAUAUUACCUAGUAGCAGCCGGUUUCAACAGGAAUGAGGCCGGUUUACAAGCGCUGGACACUCUCCGCCAAGCGCUCGCCCGAGUCCGAGCCGCAGACGAUGCGUCGGGUGUGGACUCCCUCCUCCUCCUCGAGGGCAGCGAGGAAGACAUCGUGAAACAGUAUGCAUCUUACGUGACGGACUUUUACGAGCCGCUGUGGUCUAGCCAAGCGCGUGCGAUCGAGAGUAAAUUGGCGGACUUUAGAGCGCGGGCGAGUGGGUUCUCGUCGUUUUCGUCGUCGCGGCAGCGAAACCAUCACUAUGAUGGGCAACAUCAGCGGGAUGGGAGGGGAUAUGGAGCGGCGCCGCAUGCGUCGAGGGGCUGGAGAGACGCCCGAGGGCCGAGGGAUGAAGCUUUUAGAUGAAUAUGAGCCUAGGUGCGUAGGACUCCUUUGGAGCGAGCGCUUCAUGUACGUAGAAUGUAGCAUAUCACUCGUUGAAUGAAGUCGAC